AUGAGCAAACCAAAACCCUCCGAGGUCCGAACCCUGGCGUUCAACGUGUCCGACCACUACCAGAUCCUGGACAUGGUCGGAGAAGGCGCAUAUGGCAUUGUGUGUUCCGCGUUGCACACGCCCUCCGGCCAGAAAGUGGCAAUCAAAAAGAUCACGCCGUUUGGCCGGUCCAUGUUCUGUCUCCGGACUCUACGAGAGAUCAAGCUGCUGCGCCACUUCAGCCACGAAAACAUCAUUGGCAUUCUGGACGUGCAAAAGCCCGCGUCCUUCGAGUCCUUUAACGAGGUCUACCUCAUUCAGGAGCUCAUGGACACAGAUCUGCAUCGGGUGAUCCGAACCCAGGAGCUGUCCGACGACCACUGCCAGUACUUUGUGUACCAGACGCUGCGAGCCAUCAAGGCACUGCACUCGGCAAACGUGUUGCAUCGGGACCUCAAGCCCAGCAACCUGCUCCUAAACGCGUCGUGUGACCUCAAGAUUUGCGACUUUGGCCUGGCCCGAUCGGCAGCGUCCACCGAAGACAACUUUGGCUUCAUGACCGAGUACGUGGCGACCCGGUGGUACAGAGCGCCCGAAAUCAUGCUCACGUUCAAGGAGUACACAAAGGCCAUUGACAUGUGGUCGAUUGGGUGCAUUUUGGCAGAGAUGCUGGGCGGCCGGCCUCUGUUCCCUGGCAGAGACUACCACUCGCAACUGACCAUGAUUCUGGACGUUCUGGGCACACCCACCAUGGAAGACUACUACUCGGUCAAGUCGCGGCGUGCACGGGAGUACAUCCGGUCGCUGCCGUUCAAGAAGAAGCUGCCGUUUUCGCAGCUGUUCCCCAAGGCGAAUCCUCUGGCAAUUGAUCUGCUUGAGAAGCUGCUGACGUUCAACCCGGCCAAGCGAAUCACCGUGGAGGAGGCUCUGGUGCACCCGUAUCUGGAGCAGUACCAUGAUGCCGACGAUGAGCCUACCGCCGAACCCAUUCCCGACGAGUUUUUCGACUUUGACCGGAAUAAGGAUGAGCUGAGUGUGGAGCAGCUCAAGACACUGAUUUACAACGAGAUCAUGUACUGGAAGAGGCCGUAA